AGAUCUAAAAGAAACUUUUGUUCUCACAAAGACUGACAAACCUUCAGCUGAAUUCUAACCACCAUGAGCAACCGCUUCUGUGUAACCAUGGUACACAAGAAAGAGGUGGAGAUGAUCGACAAGGUUGCCCUCCUCCGACUUCUCCGCUGUCUGAGGACCAGAUUGAGGACCAUGGGCCUGCUGGAUGUUUUCAACUCCAUCAAAGUCAAAGCUGAAAACUUUCUGAAUGAGAAGAAUGUGGUGACAGAUUUUCUGGCGAAGUUGGAGGAGAAAACUGGGAUAAAGAAGAAGAUCAUCGCUGCUGGUGCCGUCUCACUGACUGGACUCUACCUGGUGUACGGAUAUGGUGCCUCCCUGGUCUGCAACCUGAUUGGUUUUGUCUAUCCAGCUUAUUAUUCAAUCAAAGCCAUCGAAAGUCUGAACAAAGAAGACGACACAAAAUGGCUGACGUACUGGGUGGUGUACGGCGUCUUCAGUCUGGGCGAGUUCUUCUCCGAUAUUUUCCUCUACUGGUUCCCGUUUUACUACGCUUUUAAGUGUCUCUUUCUGUUGUGGUGCAUGGCCCCGAUGUCCUGGAACGGCUCCCAGAUCAUCUACAACAAAGUGGUUCGGCCCAUCUUCCUCCGCCAUGAGGCCACGGUGGACAACAUGGUCAGCGACAUCAGUGGGAAAGCCAUGAGCGCUGCAGAGAACCUCACCAGAGAAGUUCUGUCCACUCUGGUGAAGAAUAAAUCUCUGGUGACGCCAGCACCACCCGAGACCAAAAGUUUACCAAGCUCAUCAGGAGAAACAUCAUCAGCUAAAGUUGCUCCAUCGCUGCCAAGUGAAGAACAAAGACCUUUUCUGGGUUAACCAGUUUGGAGGAACUCAGUGUAGAUUGACGUCUGUCAGAUAGCAGCGGAGGAAGAGGAGGAGCUUCAGUGAGGAAGAGGAGGACAGAGCGAAGGUUUUCCUCUUCAUCUUGACAGCAUCACUCCUGUCACAGAGACUCAUUUCCUUUUUAAAGGUUUUACUUUUGUCCCAGGCUGCAGCAGGAAUUCAUGGAAAAAUGUUGCUGGCACAGAAAAUCUCUGCAAACUGUUUCUUGUUUUCUUUUCACUUCAGUUAUUUAUAUUUAUGAUUUUAAACAUCCAUGGUUGAUUUAUUUAUUUUGAUGCGAAGCUUCUACAACUGUAAAUUAUAAUUCACUCAUUAACUUACUGAUCUGUAACUGAACUGUUGUCCUGAUAUAGAUACCACACCAGGACCUUGGACACUAGCAUUUGUAGCUCGUUGUAGCUUGCCGUGAUCGUAUAGUGGUUAGUGCUCUGCGUUGUGGCCGCAGCAACCCCGGUUCAAAUCCGGGUUACGGCAGAUGGGCUGUAUUUUGUGAAAUUACCUGCUGAAGGAUCAGAAAAAGUUUGCCAUUUUGUAAUUUGAGAGGUUUUAUUAUGUGAAGUGACACCAGUAUAAGGAAGAACUUCAGAUCUCCUACUUAACCUCUGUAGUUUAGAAUGAUUGAAAAAUCAUUCAUAAGCUCAGUUCACACAGAAUAAGCAGAGUCUGUGUUUUACUUGAAAUCACUGACAUUAUCUGUGAUUUUAGCAGGCAGCUAUAUAAUUCAGUGUUGAGCCACUUAAAAGAAAGAAAAAUGCUCCCAGCUGCAUGCUGCCACGGGUCGUCCACCUAAUUAUCUUCGGAGAUUUUGCUCUUGAUGGAUUUUAGCUUUUUCUGAAUAUGACGUAAGUGUUCUGAAUUUGCACUAAAAAUACUCCGAACCUUCACUUACUGUCAUCAACUCUGCGAUUCUGGACUGAGAAAGAACUUGCAAAUUAAAACAGAAAAGCAACGUCAAAUCACAGAGAUGCUGAUUCACACCAGACUAAUGUUAUUGCAGGACCUGUGUUUUGUGAAAUAUGGUCAGUAAAUUGUGAUGGAAUUUUUACUUUACAGAUUGCUGACAUGGAAGAUUCACAUUGGAUCAUGAUUCAUGAUCAUAGACAAGAAAUCCCCAAGUAAUACUAGUGACGUGGAACACAUUUUCUGCUGCUUCAUAUACUCGGCUUUAUUAAUAUGUUAAACAGAAGAAAAUGGAUGUGUGAUAGAAAUACGUUUUUUUGUGCAUCAGUAAUUAUUUUAAUAACUGACAUAUUGUAAUAUGAAUAAUCCAUGUAUUACAGUUUGCAUCCUCCAACCAGCAGGGGGUGAAGACAUUUGGAUGAGAAAGGCAGUAGCUAGGAGUUCUGAGGUGCUGCAGUUAUACCAUCAACAGAUUUCUCUAUAGUCUGGAAAUUACUGCUUUCACAGUUGUAUAGCUGCUGCUUGUUUAUUUAUUAAUUUACUUAUUUAUUGCACACUUCUUCAUCUACUGUACUGAAUAUUUCCAAGUGGGUCCAGUUUGGGUGCUUCGCAUCAAUUACUGUGUUUCUUUUUACCUGUUAAAAUUAUUAUUUAUACUUUUGAGUUAUUUUUUUUUUGUAAAUGAGACUAGACACUGAAAAUCACUGGGUUAAAAAUGGACCAAGUUUGGGUAAAUAUGGCAAAGAUGCAGCACUGAAUUUACUUUACCUGCUGCUGAUGUGUUAUUUAUUGUUGGGUUAUUAAUCAGCCUGAAAAAUAUUUAGUUUCACUCAGCGUUAGUAGGGCUACAUCUAGCGAUUAUCUCCAUAGUCGAUUAAUCUGUUGAUUAUUUUCUUGAUUAAUCAAUCAGGUGUCACAUGUAAGAAGCUGUGAUCAGGGAAUUUAGGCUUUUUUCUUAAAAACUAACUCCUGGAUUAGUCGAUACUGAGUAUACUAGGUGAUUAAUGUAGUUGUAGACGAGUACAUUUUAAAUGUUGCUUUUCUAAGUGCUAUUUUCAUUUGGUUUAGUAAUUAGAUUUAUUCCUGAAACAUCAUUAUUUUGACACCACAGCUGAAGUGUUUGUGUUGAUGCUAUAUAUUAUCAAACUGGACUAGUUCUGACCCAGUGAUUUUUAGUGCAUAUGGCAUUAUUGAUAUUUGAUGAUUACAUUAUGAUGAGAAAUAAAACCUGUCUAUCAGAAUCAAACAAA